CAGUAGGGCAGUGAGUGAGUCGUUCCAGUCGUAUUCUUGUGAUUAGGUGUUCUGCUGCUCCCGUCUCACCUAGCAUUAGUCGAUUACUGUUCAUAAUAGCCUACAUUCAUUUUAAACAGAUUUUCUAAAAUUUUAAAUAUUUAUUUACUACAACAACCUCUAAUUUAUUACAUAAUGUAUCUUAACCAAUGACAGUCUCUUGACUAUCUUUAGUUCCGAGAGGAACUAACUCCGAUCCAAGAGCCGGAGUUGGACUUGUCGUUCCGGAGUCGGAGUAGUUCGUUCCUGAGUUACUCACCUCUAACAAGUAUAGUUAGUAGUAUAGUGUGGCCUUGCCUCUACGUUGGAUUUGCUCGUUCAUACUUCAUUCUUGAUUUUUCAGGUACGGUAGGCUAAUUGAUUCAAGCAAUGGACAAAUCAAACUGUUCAACGUUCUCAGUUCCUGGUGCAAUGACUGAUAUGACUAUAUUGAGCACACCUUUGCCUCAAGCUGCCUCCACUGCGACCGAAAGAAGUUACUCUGGUGGUUUAAGCUCAACCCAGAAACACGAAUUACUGGAAACUAGUGAGAAACACAUGAAGACAGAUAAAGACCUGGCUUCCAUUGGGGAAGACAGGAUGAGCUCUGCAGAUUCCUCAUUAGGAAUUAUAGCUUCAGACUUGCUGCGUGAUGCUCAAAGAGAACCUCUAGUUGACACCAACCAGGACCUAAGUAUCAGUCUGGCAGAAACGCUAAACCCAAACAUCGAUGCUCAAAGAGAACCUCUAGUUGACACCAACCAGGACCUAAGUAUCAGUCUGGCAGAAACGCUAAACCCAAACACAAGCUUGCUCGAUGAGAAUAUAAAUAGUGGCCUGGUGUCACUUGGGACAAACAUAAAUCACAUAGUGACCGAGGUGAAGACCAUACAGGAGAAGCUAGACCAGAUAAAUAUGUCUGUUUCCUUACAAGAUGAUGAACAUCAUUUAAUCCCUCUUAAAGAUCUUAACCAAUUAAAAGAAUAAUGAAUAAUGAAUAAUGAAUUUUAUUUCCUCAAAAACAAACAAUCAUCAAAUCAUAAAACAAUUCGGAAAUUAACUGGCCACUUUGUCCAGUAAUUGUGGCCAGUGUACACAAAACUUAUCUAAUCUAUACAUGAAAUGAAGAGUUCAGUCUUAUCAAUCCAUUACUAAAAUUAUCACUCCUGCUGCUACCUGUAGCGUUACAUAUUGAAAUUAAGUCUACUUCUAAAAAUUAAAAUAUACAUAUCUGACUGCCUGAAAUGUAAAUAAUGAACACAAAAUAUAUAAAAAACGUACUACAAUUUAACGAUGUGAAAAACAUAGAUUUUAUUCUAAAACAUUACGAAGCAACGAAGUAUCAUUUAUAUUACAUAACCAUUCUUUCAACCUUUUACAAAAACUAUUAACAUUGUUACUUCUUUUUAUAUCAAUUGGCAACAUAUUAAAAACAAAAGGCCCCAAAAAUAGAUACGAAUGCUUGAACAGUUCUUUGUUGACUUUAGGGGUCCUGUAAAACAAAUUAUCUACACUUCUGGUAUUGUAAUAUAGGUUAUCAGUUCCAUUGUUCCCACUUUUAAGAUAAAACAAUUUUAAUACUUUAAAUAUAAAAAGAUUCUGAAUCGGCAUUAUUUUUGAUUGAAAGUAUAACGGAAAUGAGCUUUCUCUCAACUGUUUAUUAAAAAUGAUUCUUAAAAAAUGAUUUUGAGUUGUUCUUAAACGAUUGAUGAAACUUUUGAAAGUACCUCCCCAGCAUAUUAAUCCAUAUUGCAAACGUGAAUGUAUUAGUGCGUAAUAAAGUGUUUUCAAUAAAUGUUCUUCACAAAAAUGUUUUAAGAAAUAAAAUUUUCUAAUUGAUCUUUUGA